GCGACAGAGAAUAAUUUAGUUGAAUCCGCUGCGCCCACGUGGAAGUGCAAUGAGCGGCGAGACCGACUUCGUUCUUUUGGGCCCGACUGGAUUCCUUGGCUCCGCAAUCCUGCGGUACUUAGAGUCAUCCUCCUUUUCUGUAUUUCCAUCGAGUCUUCGACUGAAGGACCGCCUCGGUCUUGAAGCACUCUUGGAUGAGAAGAAGCCGAGAUUAGGCGUCAUUUGCGCUGCCGGGGAGCGUGGCAGGCCCAACAUCGCCUGGUGCGAUUCUCAUCCGGUGGAGACCGUGGAUUCCAACAUCACCGGACAGUUCUCAGUGGCUGCGGCCUGCUUUGAGCGUGGCCUGCACGUGACGCUCUUGGGCACAGGAGCCUUGUAUGUCGCCGACAGCCGGAAGCGAAAGUUCUCGGAGAGUGACCCACCCAAUGGGGGCUCUCCUGGUGUAUACACUGCACUCAGGCAGAAGAUGGAGGAGCUGGCCACUUAUUUCAGUAAUGUCUUGAUCUUGCGGGUGCUCUACCCACUGAGUUCAGAUCUUGACGCGCGAGGCCUUCUUGGCAAACUUGCCAGGUUUCAGCGGAUUGAUCGCGUGGAGACCUCCAUCACCAUCUUGGAGGACCUGUUGCCCUUGAUGCCGAUCCUCGCCCAGCGACGUGCUGUGGGCGUUCUGAACUUUGUGAAUCCUGGCACGGUGUCAUACCCGGAGAUAGUGUCUUUGCUGACGGACAGAAUUGCCCAGUGUACAUCUGUGAAAUGGACACCUCCGCAGAUUCAAGGAUCCUCCGCCGGCAAAGCUGCUGCGGAGCUUGACACCGUACGAUUGCAGGACGCAACGGGAACAACUUUGCCACAGGCUUUCGAGUCGGCCAAGCGAAUCAUAUGCGGGCUGAGCGAAGACGAGGUGAAGCUAUUUGCUAGGAGCUUAUUGUAGGUGCCAAAAAGAGAGGUGCUACACCAGAAGCUGCAGCAGGAACAAGG